CCCUAGGGUUUUCUUUUCUUCUAAACAGGGUUUUUCUGUAAGGAAAAAAAAAAAAAAAAACAUAACAAAGCAUUCGAUCGAAAAACCACACAAUGCCGUCACACAAGACUUCGAUAAUAAAGAAGAAGCUCGCCAAGAAGACGAGGCAAAAUAGGCCCAUCCCUCACUGGAUUCGGAUGCGCACUGACAAUACCAUCGGGUAUAAUGCAAAGCGCAGGCACUGGCGUCGUACGAAGCUCGGAUUCUGAGGCUCUUGGUAAGACACAUGGGGAUGCAGCACACAUGAAUAUUUACCAAGGUUAGUAUAGGGAGAAGUUGGAGUUAGUUUACCCGAGAAAUGAGGAAAGGAUAGUUGAGCUUGCAGGUAAUGUGAUGAAUUUAGCAGCAGGGAAGAAUGGCUAUAGCUGGAAAAGAGAGAUAGGAAGUUGAAUGAAGAGAGAAUUGAGUCAAGAAAGAAGUUCACAACAAGAAGGGAAGCUAUCGAUGAAGAUAUGAGCAAGGAGCUAAAAUUGGCGGCUAAUCAUUAGCUGUUACCUUGAAUCUUGUGACGUCAAUUGUAGAUAUUUUGCAAUUAUUGAGUCAGCAUUUUGUUCAUAUUAGCCAACAUUCAUAAUAGAAUUCUGUUAUUGUGUUACGUUGGAAAUAUUAGCAAUAAUGUGCUUAAAUACAGAGUCUGUAAAAACUAUAAAAGUAUGAAUGAAAUAUCAUAAAAAUUCUCUGCUUUC